CUGGAGUUGCCAUCUUUUGUUAAGCCUCCACAUAAAAACCGAGCAAAUCAACCAGGCAGGCAAAAUAGUCGCCACAAACAGCGGAUCUGGAGAAGACAACUUUUGUAGUGGACAAUCUAAGAAAGAUCAUUUUACGCCUUCAGUUCCAGUAUUCAAUGAAGCAGUACAUGAUGAUGAAAAUGAUCGCAUUCACCGUGGCGCUUCUCCUGACGCCAGGCGGGUGCAGUGCAGGCCCCGUCCCGACCACCCAAGCUCUGCUGCUGACCCCGUUAGAAACGAUCAUGAACGCCCGGACUCUCGCCGCUAGAGUGUACGAAAGGGCAUCAGAUGCCUACGAUACCUUUAUUCAGGACGAAUUCGGCGGCGAUUCUGGAUUCUGUGUGGAGGAUAUAACUUGGAACGAACUCUUCAGUGUUCGAAUCCCAACCCUGGAGUGGAGAAACUUUGGGGAUGAGGAGCGCCUCCAGCGGCUUCGCCGUGAUCUGCAGUUGUUCGGACUGUUCUUGGACGAAGUCCUGCUGGACGAACAGGAUAAGCAGGGCCACACAGACACCGCUGACAAGGUGCAGCAGACUAUUCACCAGCUCGACGGGCUGAUGGUAGCCAUAGCCAUUGCGAACGACGCCAUGGGCUUCAUCCCUCCUACCGACGUCACCGAGAUCAUGUCGGACAGCUUGCGGGACCCAGCCACCGAGUCCGCCCGCGCCAUCCGCGACUGCGUGGUGCUGAGAGACUUCAAGACCCUGGUCGAGAGGGGCCACAGAGACUUCACCCUGCUCAGCCGAAAAUACAGUUAAACGUUGUCACUUUAUUUACUUAAACUUGUUACCUGAGAAAUCACGCGAAAGUCGUGUGAAUAUAAUUAGCCCUGUUUAUGCCCUGUUUAUGGAGAAACUACGUGAAUGUCACGUGACCGCAGGUUAACCUGCUCUAGAAGAAGUCACGAAUAAGUAACAUGACGCCUUAACCUGUUCCGAUAAAAACUUCACGUGAACGUCACGUGAUUAUGAUGUAUGCUUUGAAAGCAUUGAAAUAAGUUGUAUGAUAAGAAUCCUUUUGGGAUUGGAAUAGUUGGCUCCCAUUGCGAGCUCUUAGCUCUUCAUGUAACGUUACGGAUUGCAAAUUUGCUUGUAAUUAGAAUUCUAUGUGAAAUCAAAGAAGAAUAUUGAUUUACCGUGGCCGACAAGUACAAGUUUCUGAAUCAGAGGUGCUGCGCAGCUGAAGCAGAAACCCUUACUUGUCGGCCAAGAUUAGCAUGACAGUUCUGUUCUUCAUUUAAGCCUAGGUUACAUAUAGCCGAAUUUAGCUCCCGACUCUCUCCUGACUAUGGUUAGGAGUGAUUCGGGAGCUAAGUCGGCUGUAGCCGGCUAGGGUUCGGCUGAGUCGGCUGGCGUUUGGCUGAGUCGGCUGGUGUUCGGCUGCGCCAUCCACAUGUUUUGAAAUGUUCAAAACAUUCGACUCUGAACGGCGGGUCUGGAAUGGGUUGGUUGUCGGUCGGCUGGUGUUCGGCUGGUGUUCGGGAGUAAGUCAGCAGUCAAAUUCAAAUAUUAACCACGCCAUAAGCACUGCUGACUUACUCCCAGCUUGUUUCCAACCUACUUACAAUUCAACCCCCAAAUCAUAGACAAAUCUCUGUUAGCUCAAUCCCAAGCAAAAUGACUAUUAGGCGAAUCACCCCCGAACUUCACACGACCGACAUCCAGCCCAAAACAAAAAGAACCAUAAAUGCCGUAUUAG